CUUUCAAAGAGGAAGUGCGCUCUUUCCGCGUAUUGCGCACUUAACUUUUACACGGUUUUUUUGCUUCUAUUGUGAUUAUUAUUUUGUUAUAAAGCCACAGUUGUAGGUUUAAACCUCAGCGUGAAGCUCCGUCUGUGUCUCCAGGGAUCUCUGCUCCAUCCUGACGCUCCUGAGGAAACACAGGGAUUAGUACUGUCGGUUCAUCAGGAGGAGAUGAUUUAACUGAACGCAAAAUCCACUGUGUUGGGAGCAGCACUGCUGGACAUUAAACAUGGUUCAGUGAGUCAGUUUUGAGCUGUGAGGCUGACUUACUGUCAGACCUGGCAACCUGCUGCUUGAGCCUCCACCCGACACAUUUCCUGUUCUCUGUGGAGAGAAGGGCGCUGUCUCGUUGCGCUCUUGUUAUUCUGCUAUAAACCUCCGUUCUAACUGCAUCAUCUCGCUGUGAAACCUGCUCUGUGUCUCCAGGGAUCUCUGCUCCGCCGUGAGGAAGAACCACUGACUGAAGAUGUCUGGUGUGGAUGAAGAGGAGGACGGAUCAGAGUGUGAGGACAGGUUGUCUCUGAAGAGUGACUGGUCUAAAGGUCUUCUUCCUCCAGACUUCAGUGGUGAACCUGGACCUCCAGACUCAAACUACCAGCAGCUCAGACACAUCCGAGUGGUUCUGACCAGCGGCGUGGCCGGCAGUGGAAAAACCUUCUUGGUGCACAAGUUCAGUCUGGACUGGGCCGAGGGCCUGGAGAACCAGGAUGUCAGUGUGCUGGUGGUGCUCUCCUUCAGGGAGCUGAACCUGCUGGGAGAGCGGCCGUACAGUCUCCUCUCGCUGCUGGCUGUUUUCCAUCCCACGCUCCAGAAGCUGACGGCAGAGGAGCUGGCUGUCUGCAAGCUGCUCUUCAUCUUGGACGGCCUGGAUGAAAGCAGACUUUCUCUGGACUUCAGCAGCAGCCAGCGGCUGCUUGACGUCUCCCAGCAGUCUUCAGUCAGCCUGCUGCUCACUAACCUCAUUUGGGGGGAUCUGCUGCCCUCGGCUCGGGUCUGGAUCACUUCCCGACCGGCGGCGGCCCAUCAGAUCCCUCCAACAUGUGUGGACAGACUGACAGAAGUGCGAGGCUUCACUGACGCCCAGAAGGAGGAGUACUUCAGGAGGAGGCUGAGUGAUGAGGAGCUGUGCAGCAGAAUCAUCUCCCACAUCCAGACCUCCAGGAGCCUCCACAUCAUGUGUGGAAUCCCAGUCUUCUGCUGGAUCACUGCUACAGUUCUGGAGCACAUGUUGAGCAGCGAGCAGAGAGGAGAGCUGCCCCAGACCCUGACUGACAUGUACUCCCACUUUGUGCUGGUUCAGACACACAGGAAGAAGCUCAAGUACCAUGAAGGACCUGAGACGGGUCCACAGGGGCUGACGGAGGCUGACAGGGAGCUUCUUCUGAAGCUGGGCAGGAUGGCCUUUGAACAUCUGGAGAAAGGAAACAUGGUGUUCUACCAAGAAGACCUGGAGCAGUGUGGUCUGGAUGUGACUGAGGCCUCGCUGUUCUCUGGAAUCUGUACUCAGAUCUUCAAAAGAGAGUCUGUGAUCUUCCAGAAAGUCGUCUACAGCUUCGUCCAUCUGAGCGUUCAGGAGUUUCUGGCUGCAGUCUUCUUGUUCUACUGUUUCACCAACAGGGAGACAGAUGUACUGAAGACCUUCAUCGGAGAGGAGGACAAAAAUAAUGAGUCUGAUUAUGAUGAGAAUUAUGAAUCGAUUAAGGAUGAUGAUGAAGGUGAUGCUUUCCAAUCUCUGAACAAAUUCUUGAAGAAAGCGCUGAAGAAAUCCCUCAACAGUCAGAACGGCCACCUGGACCUGUUUGUCCGCUUCCUUCAUGGCCUCUCUCUGAAAUCCAACCAGAGACUCUUAGAAGGUCUGCUGGGUCAGACAGAGAUCAGUCCAGAAACCAUCCAGAGAGUCAUCAGGAACCUGAAGAGGAUCAACUAUAGUUACACGUCUCCUGACAGAAGCAUCAACAUUUUCCACUGUCUGACGGAGAUGAAGGACCUCUCAGUACAUCAGGAGAUCCAAGAGUUCCUGAAGUCGGAGAACAGAUCAGAGAAGGAACUCUCUAUGAUCCACUGCUCAGCUCUGGCCUACAUGCUGCAGAUGUCAGACCAGGUCCUGGAGGAGUUGGACCUGAAGAAGUACAACGCAUCAGAUGACGGACGACGGAGACUGAUCCCAGCUGUGAGGAACUGCAGGACAUUUCGCCUUCGAAACUGUCAGACUAACCUCCAUGAAGAUGAGUGUGAAGUGAUCUCCGAUGCGCUGAAGUCUGACCCCUCCCAUCUGAAACAUCUGGACCUGAGCGAAAAUAAACUGUAUGAUUCUUCAGUGAAGAUUCUGUGUUCUGGACUGGAGAGUCCAAACUGUCAACUGGAGACUCUGAGGUUGAGGGACUGCAGUUUGUCAGAGAUCAGCUGUUCUUCUCUGGUCUCAUCUCUGAAGUCCAACCCCUCCGUCCUGAAACAUCUGGACCUGAGUAGGAACCCUCUGCAGGAUUCAGCAGUUGAGCAGCUGUGUGGUUUUCUGCAGAGUCCACUCUGUCGUCUGCAGACUCUGGGGUUGACGAACUGCAGGAUGUCAGAGAGCAGCUGUUCCUCUGUGGUCUCAGCUCUGAAGUCCAACCCCUCCCUCCUGAAACAUCUGGAACUUCUGGACCUGAGUAGGAACCCUCUUCAGGAUUCAGGAGUUUCUCAGCUGUGUGGUUUUCUGCAGAGUCCACUCUGUCGUCUGCAGACUCUGAGGUUGCAGGACUGCAGUUUGUCAGAGAUCAGCUGUUCUUCUCUGGCCUCAGCUCUGAAGUCCAACCCCUCCCUCCUGAAACAUCUGGACCUGAGUGGGAACCCUCUGCAGGAUUCAGGAGUUGAGCAGCUGUGUGGUUUUCUGCAGAGUCCACUCUGUGGUCUGCAGACUCUGAGGUUGAGCAGCUGCAGUUUGUCAAGGAUCAGCUGUUCGUUUCUGGUCUCAGCUCUGAAGUCCAACCCCUCCCACCUGGAGGACCUCGAGCUGGAUUACAACCAUCUGCAGACUCCAGAUGUGCAGCAGCUGGUUGAUCUAGAGCAGAGUCCAGACUGCAGCCUGCAGACUCUGAUCAUCUCCUCUCAUCUCUCUGCAGCUGGGACUGAGAGCAGAGCUUCAUCCAGCAGUGAGUGACAGAGGAACCAGCAGAAGAUCUGCAGUAUGAAGAGCUGUGAGAGUCCAGCAUCGAACCAGGGUUCCUCUGGAUGUGACUCACUGGUUACCAGGAGAGUUCCAUGUUAAAACAGUUGCAGAUCUGUUCCAGACAAAGACAGAUGGUGUUUGACUCCAUGAAUCAGUUUUUAAAAAUGACAGACUUCAGAGCUUUGCUUCAGUAACAGUGAAGCUCCUUUUCUGACCAAAUCAAAUGAUUCCUGGAUUCCAUCAGUGGAUCCUGAACACUGUGUCUACAUAUCCAGGUCUGGAGUCAAGAAGUCAAGUCUGCUUCAGAGAAUCUGCCUGGGAUUGGAAAAUAGUUUGUUCUGCAGCGUCAGUCCUUUGAAGUCAGUCAGAUUUGUGUCGUGUGGAGAGAAACUUUCCUGAUGUGUCAGAGGUCAGUGGACUGGUGGAAACAUGGAGCUGCAGACGUCCUCUGGGUUCAAUAUUCGUGUGUGUGUGUGUGUGUGUGUGUGUGUGUGUGUGUGUGUGUGUUCCAAUGUGAGGAAUUAUUUCCUCCUCUUCUGAUAAUGGUGGUGGAGGUAUUAUUUCUUUGUGUCUUGACAACAUGAAACUUUUUAACUGCAAAUAUUUGAAAAAAAAAAUGUUUUUCUUGUUAGUUGUUUUUUCUGACAUAAAGACUGAAAAGAAAGUCGAGCCCAUCAUGACAGAGGUCCAUUAUUUUCCGCACUCCUUUGUUGUUCUAUAAUUUAAAUCCUCAUCUUUAUUACCUGGAGUGAUCCGACAGAUUAAUGGAAAACUUUUUUAAUGCUCACAUGCAGAGUUCCACUCUGAGGCUGUGUUCUUAGAAAUGGGUUCUUUGGAUGUUUUUCCACUGUCUCAGUGUCUGAAGAGUACAGAUCCAGAUUCAGUGGUAACCCUGAGGUGGAUUCUUCUUCAAUGCAGGAUUUAUUGUACAGAAAUAGUUUUGUAGCGGCGACCUGGGGGGAAUGGCUGAAAGGCAUUGUGGGACAUGUUCUGGGAGGGGGUUGUUUUCAUGAUUGUGUUCAUGUUCUUCAGUUGUUGUUGUGUUGUGCCAUAAUCAGUGAUGUUCUUCAGCAUUUAUUGUGUUACUCUGGCCGGGUUCUGUGGUUUAUGUUACACUUGGAGUGAUUUCGGAUCCCGCUGCUGCAGAAGAUGCUGUGUGUGUGAUGUGUUUGGGUGCCUACAAUAAAAUCGGAAUUGUGAAAUCCCAAAA